CUCAGCUUCGCCAUGACUUGCACAGCUCAAGGGGAUUGGCACAGCUUGCACAGCCCCCGGCACAGCGAGCACAGCCACCGGGCCGCAAUGUCCACAUCUACCAGCGCAUGGCCUAUCCGGACUCAACGCCGACAUGAAGCAGUGGCUCGAGAUAUGGCAAGCAUUGGUUCACGACUAUCUGCCAUGGAGCUCGCAAUCGAGAUGAUGAGCACCAACGUGGACAAGAUGAACAACCGGAUGCAGGAGAUCACAGACAGAUUCGACAGGCUCGAGGGCACCAUGAAAACAGAUGUCUUGACCAUCGACAGCGAUUGUAGCUCCAUCGCCCGGGAAGUAGACGAGCACACGAACAACACUAGCAACAUCGACACUUGCAGCAUCGACAAGCGGCUGACACGCAUCGAGUUGUUGCUUUUCCGCACUUCGGUAAGCGACUUCCUGAAGAUAGACAUGGAGCUGGGGCGCAUUCUUCCGAAACUCGUGCCGCUGCCAGAGGUGCCCGAGUUCCCUUCCCUGACAGGCAAGCAGCCCGGAAGCUUGGAGAUGCCCCUGGAGGCAGAGAGAACCUAUGCGUCGGAACCCGAUGAGCACGCUUCCCACUCCGAGUCUAACAAGGAGGGCGAGGACGAAAAGAUGAAGGACCAGAGGAAGGGAGAGAUGAACGAUGAGGUGAAAAUGAACAUGAAGACGGAUAUGGAGAAUGUAACAGAGGCAGAGGGGGACGAUAACGACACCAUUGAGGAGGCCUCCGGCGACGAGAAGAUGAGCUUGGGCAGUGGUGAUGACGAAGUGGACCCGGCUGAAGGUGCACCUGAAUGGUUCAAGCAGUAUGCCGAGAAAACGUUAGCACGCUUGGACAAUAUCAUCGACGAGGCUAAGUGGAAGUACCGCCAGUACAACAGCGAGCCGGGAUCGUGACCACAAAUUUUCGUGUACUACUUCAUCUGAGUUUGUUCCAGUUCGUGGCCGGCGCCCCGGCGCCAUCGCCUAGCCCCGCGUAGGGCCGUCCCCCUGGGACGACAUAGGCGCAGCCUCGCAGCCUCGCAGCUUCGCCAUGACUGUUCCCCCCCCGCUUUCAAUCUUGCUUCCCCCCUCCUGCUUCCGCCGCGCGAUUCCCCCAGGUUCUGUUUGAUCCUCCGUUAAAAGCGCUGCUAGUGGUUGUGCAGCGUCAGCCUGGGCGUGCGCGGCGAUGCCAGUGGCGGCGCGGGCGCUGCCGUCGUUGCCGCCGUUUUUCCCGCCCCUUCGCGUUCCUCGUGCCCCGCCUGCUGCCCGUUCCCCCGCCCUCCGUUGCUUGUUUGGUUCAAGCCAGGUCGUUCUAGGGCCGAGAGCGCGACUGGCGCCGCCAGCGCCGCGCUGAGCCGCUCGACGGGCGCCAGAAG